UCCGAGCAGUCGCAGACUCGCAGAAAACCUAAAAAGGCAAUGCUCCGGAAUUUUAUGUCCGACGACUUUUCACGGAACAGUGGAACACGGUGUCUGAAGCAGCGAAGGGACGGUGACUGUGAAGGCGAUUCCUAGGUUAGGGUGGUGAUCUUCCUUAGCAUCACCGUUUAAUGGCUAGGAAAAUUUGCAAUGUUGGUUUUCUGAUAUUUGCCGCCGCGGCCAUAUUUAUAUUAAUCCAGAUUCGACUUUUUUCAACACAAUCUAGAUAUGCAGAUCGCUUGGCUACCAAGGAGCCCUUCGCAGCUGUUGUAAUAAUGGCUUGCAACCGCCCAGACUAUCUUGAAAGGACAAUUGAAUCUGUCCUGAAAUAUCAGAGGUCAGUACCUUCAAAAUUUCCCAUUUUUGUAUCUCAGGAUGGAACUAAUCCAGAUGUUAAAAGCAAAGCUUUGAGUUACAAUCAGAUAGGACAUAUGCAGCACUUGGAUCUUCAACCCGUGAACCCUGAGAGACCUGGUGAAAUAAUUGCAUACUACAAGAUUGCUAGGCAUUAUAAGUGGGCCUUGGAUGAGUUAUUUCUCAAAAAGAAUUUCAGUCGUGUAAUAGUAUUGGAAGAUGACAUGGAGAUUGCCCCAGAUUUUUUUGAUUAUUUUGAGGCCACGGCCGCUCUACUUGACAAUGAUAAGAGUGUCAUGGCUGUUUCUUCGUGGAAUGAUAAUGGUCAACGUCAGUUUGUGCAUGAUGCUGAGGCCCUUUACCGUUCUGAUUUCUUUCCUGGACUAGGAUGGAUGCUAACAAAAUCCACCUGGGUUGAAUUGUCACCUAAGUGGCCUAAAGCUUAUUGGGAUGACUGGCUGAGACUAAAGGAAGUACAUAAAAAUCGCCAAUUUAUUCGCCCAGAGAUCUGUAGAACAUACAAUUUUGGUGAACAUGGUUCUAGCAUGGGUCAGUUCUUUAAGCAAUAUUUGGAGCCUAUCAAAUUAAAUGAUGCCCAUGUUAACUGGAAGGAAAUGGAUCUGGGUUACUUAACGGAGGGAAAUUUCUUGAAACACUUUGCAAAAAUGGUUGCAGAUGCGAAACCCCUAUAUGGAGCAGAUGUGGUAGGACAGGCUUAUAACAUAGAUGGUGAUGUUAGGAUCAGAUACAGUGAUCAAAGUGAUUUCGAACGAAUUGCACGCCAAUUUAGAAUAUUUGAAGAAUGGAAGGAUGGCAUCCCAAGGACGGCAUACAAAGGUGUUGUUGUCUUUAGGUAUCACUCUUCAAGGCGCAUAUUUCUUAUUGGUCCUGCUUCUCUCAGGCAGCUUGGAAUAGAGAAUAAUUGAGUCUUACCCUACACGAAAUUCUGGAGCUUUACUCUGAUUAUAUUCACAUUGAAGAAAGAAGCCUCAUUUCAAUCCAUUUUUUUAAAUAAGACGGAAAUGAUACCAUGAAAGAUUAAUUUAAUUUUUAUUUAAUGAGUCAAUAGAUCAAAUUGAUUGAUACUUCUAUAUAGUCAGAUUUUUUUGAUCCUUCAUAAAAAGUUAAGGGAUUAAUUUGUUCAUUUAAUGCUAGGUAACAACCAGUCUAUUCCUAAAUAGUAACUGUUAUUGAGAAGACACUGAUGAAAACUAUAUUGAUGCUAUACCAUUGGUUUCUUAGAA